AUGGAGCCCUUCCACACCGAGCACCUGCUCCUCGAGCCCUACGCGAAGCUGCCGCGACGCGACCUUGACGUCGCAAACGGCUACUCCACGCCAGGCGUGGCGCUUCCGACGACUAUUGGAGCGAUCGCGACGGCGGUGCCCAUCCCGGCCUUUGCGCCUGGCCUCGCCGCGGGCGACGCUGGCGGCCGCGGAUCUGGCCGCGCUGCGGCGGUGGCGGCGCGCAGGAUGGCGGCGCUGGCGAGCGGCUCGGUCGACUUGGUGAUUGCGGACCCACCGUACAACAUCGGCGUGCAGGGCGAGGGGUGGGACCAGCUCGGCGUGCAGGGCGAGGGGUGGGACCAGCUCGACGACUACAUGCGCUGGUCGCGCCUCUGGCUCAGGGAGUGCGUGCGCGUGCUGCGGCCCGGCGGCGCGCUGUUCCUGUACGGCCUCGCCUUCGUGCAGCACAUCUCGUGGGUGUACAAGCAGGGCGGCGACUCGCGCCUCAAGGGCAUGCUGGCGUACUCGGAGUGGUUCACCAAGCCGGGCGGGCAGCACACCUUCAACCCGCACGAGGCGGUCGAGCAUUACACGCCCGAGGAGUUCGACGAGGCGCUCGCCAAGGGGGUCGGCCGCGUGACGCCCGAGUCGCUCGCGCGCGGCCGGCCGCCCAAGAACUGGUGGGACAUCCCGCGCGAGAACUCGCGCUCAAAGGAGAGGCGGUACGGCGCCCACCCGUCGAUGAAGCCGCUCCAGAUCUGCGAGAGGAUCGUCAAGGUGCACUCCGACGCCGGCGGUUGCGUCCUCGUCCCCUUCGGCGGCUCCGGCUCCGAGGUGGUCGCCGCCGCGCGACUCGGCCGCCACUGCAUCGGCUUCGAGGUUGAGCCGCAGUACCACCGCCUCAUCCUGCGCCGCCUCGUGGGCCACGGCCUCCUCCCCGCCGAAGCGCUGCCCCCGCCGUACCAGUCUGGCUUCCUCGGCGUGUAUAAGCACGGCAAGACGUUUGUCGCCAAGGUGAUGCGCGACGGCGCGCUGCGCUCGCUCGGCGCGUUUCAGUCGGCGGAGAGCGCCGCGGCCGCAUAUGCCGCGGCAGUCGGCGAGGCGCCCGCCACGUCGCUCGCGGCCCAAAUGGCCGAGCAGCAGCAGCAGCAGGUGGCGGAGGAGCAAGUGGCGGAGCAGCAGGUGGCGGCGGCGGCCACUGCGAUCGCGCCAGACCCCGCGCCCCUGGACGGCGUCGGGCCGGCUGCGGUGCCUCCGUGUGGGGCCUAG